AAUGUUUGUGGAUAAGAAUUUAGGGACCACUAAAUAAAAGCAAUAGAAAAUUGAUAUUAGUGAAAUAGGUAAGUAAAAGAUAUAAUUUAAGAAUAACUCUAAAAAAAAAAAGUAAAGUAAGAUGCUAACAUAAACCCUUAUACAGGAAAUUAAUAUUCAGAUGAUUAUUAUAAAAUUUUAACUGUUAGAAAGUAGUUACCUGCUUGGGAUGGUAAAAUUGUUAUAUGAUUCUUAAUAGCUAAGGAAUAAUUGUUUAUGUUAAUGGAGCAAUAUCAAGUGAUAGUUUUACAAGGAGAAACUGGAAGUGGUAAAACAACUUAAAUACCACAAUUUUUACUUGAGAAAUAUAGUAAAGGAAGAGGAAUUGCAUGUACAUAACCUAGAAGAGUGGCUGCUAUGAGUGUAGCAAAAAGAGUAGCAGAAGAGAUGGAUGUAGCACUUGGAGAAGAAGUUGGUUAUUCAAUUAGAUUUGAAGAGAAAACAUCAAAUAAAACUAUCUUAAAAUAUAUGACAGAUGGUAUGCUUUUAAGAGAGUAUUAUUAAUUCAUUUAUUUAUUAAUUAGAGCUAUGCAUGACCCAAAAUUAGAAAGAUAUUCAGUUGUUAUUUUAGAUGAAGCUCAUGAAAGAACUCUUAAUACAGAUAUAUUAUUUGGACUUUUGAAAGAAAUCAUGUUAAAGAGACCUGAAGACUUGAAAGUAGUAAUUAUGUCUGCAACUAUGGAUGCAGAAAAGUUUUAAAAGUAUUUUCAUAAUGCUCCACUUUUGGAUAUUCCAGGAAGAGUAUAUCCUGUAGAAAUAUUCUAUACCUAAAAACCUGAAAAAAGCUAUCUUGAUGCAGCAAUAAGUACUACAAUUAAUAUACAUGCAUACGAAGAUCCAGGAGAUAUCUUAGUAUUUCUUACAGGAGAAGAAGUAAAUAAUAAAAUUCUAUUAAUUUCUAUAGGAAAUUGAAGAAGCAUGUAAAAAGAUUACUUCAGAAAUAUAGAAAUUGGGAGAUGAUGUUGGACCAGUUAGAUGUGUACCUCUAUAUAGUACAUUACCACCAAAUUAGUAAUAAAAGAUAUUUGAAUCUGCUCCAUAGCCAAAUAAAAAAGGAAUUCAAGGUAGAAAGAUUGUUGUUGCAACUAAUAUUGCUGAAACAUCUAUUACUAUAGAUGGAAUAUGUUAUGUUGUAGAUCCUGGAUUUUCUAAAUAAAAAGUUUAUAAUCCAAGAUUAAGAGUAGAAUCAUUACUAGCUUCUCCAAUUUCAAAGGCUUCGGCUUAAUAAAGAGCAGGUAGAGCUGGUAGAACAAGACCUGGAAAAUGUUAUAGAUUAUAUACUGAAUAAUCAUUUAAUACAGAAUUAAUUGAUAAUACUUAUCCAGAAAUAUUAAGAAGUAAUUUAUCAUCAGUAGUUUUGUAAUUAAAGAGAUUAGGAAUAGAUGAUUUAGUUCAUUUUGAUUUUAUGGAUCCACCUGCUCCAGAAACAUUAAUGAGAGCUUUAGAAUAAUUAUAUUAUUUAAAUGCAUUAGAUGAAGAAGGAAAUCUAACUAAAUUUGGAUAAUAGAUGUCAGAAUUUCCACUUGAUCCAUAAUUAUCAAAAGUACUUCUGAGUAGUAAAGAUUUCUAUGUUACUGAUGAAAUAUUAACUAUUGUAGCUUUGUUAUCUGUUUAAUAAGUAUUCUAAAGACCAAAAGAUUAAUAAUAAUAAGCUGAUGAUGCUAGAUAUUAAUUUGUACAUUAAGAUGGAGAUCAUAUAACAUUUUUAAAUGUUUUUAAAGCAUUUAAAGAACAUAAUGAAAGUUCUGAUUGGUGUUAUUAAAAUUUCAUUAAUUAUAGAAGUUUAAAAUCAGCAGAUAAAAUCAAAACUUAAUUAAGAUAAAUUAUGUAAAAAUAAUAAGUACCAUUAACUAAAACUGAUCCAUCAAAUGCAUUAUAUUAUACUUAUAUAAAAAAAGCUUUAAUUGCUGGUAUGUUUAUGUAAACAGCUCAUCUAACUAAAAAUGGAGCUUAUAUGACAGUCAAAGAUAGUUAAAUAGUUGCAAUACAUCCAUGUUCUGUUUUAAAUCAUAAACCAGAAUGGAUACUAUAUUAAGAAUUUGUGUUGACUUCAAAAAAUUAUUUAAGAACAGUAACUGAUAUAGAAGGAAAAUGGCUUUAUGAAAUGUGUCCAGAAUAUUUUAAUCCAAAAACUAUAAAAAAUAUUGAAACAAGAAAGGAAUUUGAAAAAAUAGAGAGAUAAGUAAUUAUAUUAGAAUAUAUUUUAGGUCUUAGAAGAAUAGAGAAAGAAGCCUGAUCUAUUAACUGUUGAAUAAAUUUAAAGAUUGCAUAAAGAUAUAAAAUCAGAAAGAACUUAAUCAGUAUCUUCAUCAAAAACUAUUCAAAAGUGA